AUCCCAUAGUCACAAAAAUUAGGAUAACAAAGACAAAUCGCUUUCUCAUCAACCAGAAGAGAAGUUCCGUGUGUCUCAGCUUAUCCCUUUCCUUGUAGCAGUUGUGAGGCAGUGAUAUCCUCGAAACUAGUAACAUGGCCAUGGCCCAAUGAAGACAAAGCUAUCUCAGAGUCACGGUACGCAAUGAAGAAGAGGCAAGAGCUUGAAGAACAACAUCACCAAGACUUGGAAAUAUUGAAGGCCGUUGCACAGGCCUGGUACAGCCACUCGGGUAGUUCUAGGCCUAUGAGUGAAUUUGAUGCACGUCGAAGAAAUUUCCAUGGCAAGCCUUCAAGGUUUAAGCUCGAAGCAUUAAACAAGUCAUCAACUAAGGACACAAGCCCUUCCACUCAUUGGAAUUUUCAGCAGUCACUUUGGGACUCCUAUGAGCUCGUGACAGUGUCCAGAAGGAUAGAAACAGGGUUGGCUUUAGAUAACCCAUUUGAUGACUUAUGUGGUUCCUUUCGAAUCCAAACAAGGCGUAAACAGGAGAGUAAGAAUAGCCUCAGGAAUCUGUUUAAUCAUAUGUCUUCUAGGCGAUUUAAUGCCUCCAAAGUCCCACAGGAAAAUAACACAUGAGUUUCAUCUUCUUUUAUUAAAAUAGCCACUUUUAUUUUUUUGUUUUCGAUGUCUAAUAGCAUCAGUUUGAUUUUGUUUUGUUUGAAGGAUGUGUGAGGAUGCUGGUACUCAAGUCACAACAGGUAAAGUUGAAAUAAACAAUAAACCAUCUUAUGCUAAUUAAAAUAUACGGUUUAAUUUUCUGCCGUUACUACAGAUAAGUUAUCAUAAACUUAUCUGCAAUAAGUCCAAUACAAUAUUAUUUUGGGCGGAAAUCAUGGUGUUUUUAUAAUUUUAAU